AUGAGGAAUAUAACAAUGGAACUAUUGAGAUAUCAGGACAACACAAAACUGAAGAAGAUGAAAGUUAGUGUAGCUGCCCAAACUCUGAGUGCAACCACCAGUGGAAUGCUUAAAUACACUGCAUCGUUCAAAACUACAACCUCGGGUGAAAAUGUCAGUGAGACAAUGGCCACAACAGCUUCCAAACAGUCCGCGUCCCACCAAGGAACUGGUUUUCUCAUAGCAAACACAUUAGGUUUGGAAAUUAUAGGUAUACAGUCUUUCGUUAUUUCUAAAAGUGUGGUGCAGAAGUUUUUAUAA